AAUUGUUUGUUUCCUUCUGUCCCCUCCUAAUUAGCAAAAAAUGGCUGCCAUUAAUCAACCAUUAUCUGUUCUUACAUCAAACCGACCUCAGGUGCAUGAAGUUACUCGUCGUUCUGCCAAUUUUCAUCCAAGCGUUUGGGGUGACCAUUUCUUAGCUUACGCUUCUCAUGAAACGAAAUCAGAAGCACAAGAAUGGCAAGAGCAUCAACAACUGAAGGAGAAGGUGAAAAACAUGCUUGUGGAAGCCCCAUGCAUUUCUUCUCAAAAAUUGGAGUUGAUCAAUAAGAUCCAAUGCUUAGGAGUGAGCUAUCAAUUUGAAAAGGAGAUUGAAGCAACAUUGCAACUCAUAUUCAAUACCCACUAUGAAUUCAAUGCUGAAAAAGACGAGAACGAUCUUUAUGCUGUCUCCUUGGGCUUUCGACUAUUUAGACAACAUGGCUACCAUGCACCUUGCAGUGUGUUUGAAAACUUCACUACAUGUGAUGGCAAGUUCAAGGAAUCCUUGACUGAUAAUGUGCAAGCAAUAUUAGCUUUUUAUGAGGCAUCACAUCUUAGAGUACGUGGGGAGAAGAUUUUAGAUGAAGCACUCAUAUUUACCACUUCUUACCUAGAAUCCUUGUUACCAAACUUGACCGAUCCUCUUAGAUCUCAAGUCAGUGAAGCAUUGAAGAGGCCAAUUUACAAAAGAUUAACCAGAAUAGAAGCAAGAAGAUACAUAUCAAUUUAUGAAGCUAAUCAAACUCAUGAUAUUGUACUGUUGAAAUUUGCGAAACUAGACUUCAACAUGCUACAAAAGGAACAUCAAAGGGAGCUAGGCAAUCUUACAAGGUGGUGGAAAGAAUUAGAUGCGCCAACAAAUUUCCCUUUUGCUAGGGAUAAAUUGGUGGAGGGUUACUUUUGGAUGUUAGGAGUGUACUUUGAACCACAGUAUUCUCUUGCCAGGAAAUUUCUUGUCAAAAUUACAGCUAUAACUACAAUUAUUGAUGAUAUUUAUGAUGCAUAUGGAAAUCUUGAUGAGCUCCACCUAUUCACAUAUGCAAUCAAUAGAUGGGAUGCAAGUGUUGUAAAUGAAUUGCCAGAAUAUAUGAGAGUUUGUUAUGUCGCUCUUCUUGAUGUUUAUGCUGAAAUGGAGAAAGAGUUGGCCAUUAAUGGCGAAUCAUACCGUAUCAACUAUGCAAAAAAUGAGAUGAAAAAGUUAGUCGGUGCAUAUUUUGAUGAAGCAAAGUGGUUUCAUAAUCGUUGUACUCCAAAGUUUGAGGAGUACAUGAAGGUUGCACUUGUAUCGUGUGCAUAUAUGAUGCUAUCAACAAGUUCUUUGGUAGGCAUGCAAGAAGAUUUUGUAACUAUAGAGGCCCUUGAUUGGAUGAGUAAGGAGCCAUUAAUUGUUCAGGCUGCAACUAUUAUUUGUAGAUUAAUGGAUGACAUGGCUGGACAUGAGUUCGAGCAACAAAGAGGACAUGUGGAUUCAGCUGUAGAAUGCUACAUGAAACAAUAUGGGAAGUUAAAGGAAGAGACCUUUAACGAGUUUCAUGAACGAGUCAGCAAUGCGUGGAAAGACAUUAAUCAAGAAUGUCUGAACCCAACUGCUUUUCCUAUGUCUAUACUCAUCCGAGUUGUCAAUCUCGCAAGAGUUAUUGAUUUAUUGUAUAAAGAUGGAGAUACAUAUACACAUUCUGCAACCGAGCUUAAAGACAUCAUUACCCCUGUUUUAAUUGAUCCGAUCUUAUGAUUGGACCCUAUGAAUAAAAAUGAAGAUAAACCUACUAUCUUCAUCAUAUGUAAUGUUGUUGCUCUAUUUUCCCUAUAACUAUUGUCCAUGUUUGAUUUGUUAGAAUUUCAAAAUAAGACAUGUAUCCUGGGUGUUUAUACGUGGUUA